CGUACAUACACACCGUCAUCGUCCUUACUGGACGAGGUGAAGGCCGCGUAUGCGCAUGACGCAGACGCGAAGCAGCUGAUCGAGUUCCUCUCAGCUCCUUCCGACAAAGCACACGACAAUGCGGAACGCAUUGUCGUGCCGAAUGAUCCUGACCUGCGCAGCAGGAUCAUGUACGAGUAUCACGAUGUCCCCACAGCAGGACAUCCGGGACGUGAGAAGACGUACUCUCUCCUCACACGAGACUUCUACUGGAAUCACCAGUGCAAGUGGGUGCGCAAGUACGUACAUACUUGCGAUGUUUGCCAGCGAGUGAAGCCUGCACCUCACUCGCAGGCUCCUCUGCAACCACUGCCGACUCCGUCGGAGUGUUGGGAGUCCGUUUCGAUGGACUUCGUGUUUGGUCUUCCGCGCGAUUCCAGGCGGAAGACUGGUAUUGUGGUCUUUGUGGACCGCUUCAGCAAGAUGGUGCAUCUCGCUGCUGUCGCAGCGGAGGUGACCUCCGUACAGACGGCACGUCUGUUCGUAGACAUUGUGUUAAAACACCAUGGCAUGCCCAACGACUUUGUGUCGGACCGCGAUCCGCGCUUCACGGCGCGUUUCUGGCAAGAAGAGUUCACCCUUCUUGGAACACGGUUCUCCAUGUCGCCUGCGGAUCAUCCGCAGACGGACGGACAAACCGAGCGCGUGAACCGCGUGCUCAUGGACUUGUUGAAAAGCUACGCCCAGUCGUUUCACAACUGGAGGGACUACUUGCCGAUGCAUCAACAACGCGGUGCAUGCCUCGACCGGGCAUACACCGUUCUACGUGAACGCCAUGCGGCAUCCACGCCUUCCGAGCACACUCGGGGCGGUGGCUUCCUCCUUAAGUGGGGGAGGAUCUACGGUUGCGUCCGAACAACCGCAGUAGACAGCUGA